AUGUCAAGUAAGACACCUAACGAUAUCCUCAAAAGAAUCACUCCACACACUAUAUCAAAGAACGAAACAAAUCAUAAAAAGACAACGUCUACUCGUUUAAAAGACGUCUUUAUUAACAGUAAAGAACGGGAAGAACUCAUGACCGCUUGUUCGAAAGGCGAUCUACCUAAAGUAACUUAUUUACUCGAACAAAAGAAAGCAGGCCUUAAUCCUGAUUUGAUACGUGACUCAAAACUUCGUACACCUUUGCUAGUAGCAUGCGCUGCAGGUCAGGCUGCUGUGGUUCGUCAGUUAGUUCGGUGGGGCGCCGAUGUGAAUAACCCAACAGGCGAUAUUAUCGGUAAUAAGCCGCUAGAUCUGGCAGUAAUUUCAAAUGAUGUAGAUACUGUGUUGGCAUUGUUAGAAGCAGGUGCCAAAAUCAGAAAUCAUGCGGGCAGUACAGAUAUGCAGACAAGACUCAGAGCAGCUACACGAACACCAUUAGAUCUUGCAAAUUCUCGAUUAGAUCUGCUUAUUCAUCAAUCCAAAUCAACAGGCUCAGUCAAUCAAGCCACCAUGGAUCAAGUGUUAAAGAUUAUUGAACUUUUAAAGCAUUUCUUACCCAAUGAUACAGUACAGUUAGAUGAGCUAACAAGUCAAUUGUCCAGCAUUGACAUUGACAAGAAACAAGAUCAAGACGUGUUUAUUAUGCAAAGCCUAAAAGAUGUGAUUUCUAAAAUAAAGAUUGAAUGA